CUUCCGCUCCCAUAAUGCACCGCGGCUCUAUUCCUUAUAAAUGAACGCCUGACAUCCGCUCUGCCUCUCAGUCUGGCGGUACCAUGAAGUACAAAUGUUAACGGUGCUCUUUGUUAACUUUGGCAGAGUCUCAGAGCAGCUCAGUGGUGGAGAAAGAUGUGCUGCAGGCCCACUGAUGGAGCAUAUGGAGCCUCUGGGCCUGCAGGGCAAACAUCUGCAGUAACUGAAUCUGAGAUGAAGCAGUGGCGGCAGAAGGGCCUGGAGUUCUUCCUGGAUGUUGCACAGGUCUGAUCCACAGAUUAUUGCUGCCAAUGAUGUUUCAACAAGGUAUUAAACACUGUUCCAGUUCUUUGUAUAUUUAAUGGUUGUAUUCAAUAAAGACCUAAAACCUUUCUUGUUUUUAAUUAUCUUUAAAGGCUUGGAAAUGUUGUAGAUCAGAAAAUUAUUUAGGUAAAACUUAAAUAAAUUUUAGCAACAAAUGAUUUUUGAGCAGUCAUAGUCCACUGAGUCUUGCUAUUUAUUGGUGUUAGUUUGUUUUUAAUUUAUUUUUCUUAGCCAAUUUUAACACUGGACCUGAGGUGUAUUCCACAAAAUUAAGAUUAUGCUGGGAUCCUAAAUAUUCUGGUCAAAUUUAUCCUUGCCUUGCACAAAAAUAGGAUCAGUUAAUUCUACUGUAGUUAACAUGGAGAUUUAGUGUUGCUUGCAUUGAUUAAUUGUUCUGACCUGCACAAAAGCAUGAACUAAUUUUAGUGACUUGUCUUUUAGUUUGGCUGCUAGUUUUAUUAGUGUUUCUAGCAUUCACUUUUCUCUCCUGCCAACUUUCUUUUUCUUUUGUCCAGCGUGUAACUAGUCCUGCAUACUUUAGCUAUAGAAACAUUCAAAUAUCAGAAUACUCAGCUUUUUGAGAUGACUUUUUUUCAUUCAUAUUUUUUAAGUUGAGCUUUAUCCAGCUUUUUUUGCCUCAUUGAAAUGAAUAGAGAACUGCAAUGCCUUAUGGGUAAUGCAGUGUGUGGAGUUAUCCUUGUAUGUGUCCUUUAACUUGUAUAGAUAUAUCCAGGUGUUAAUUUGCUGUUUCUUGAGCUAUGAAGUCAACAUUACAGCAUUUAGUAUUAUGCAAAUUGGAGUGCAUUGCACUAUGGGUAGGGAAUCGUGAAUAAUUGUCGCACCCUAACAGAAACAUGUCAGAACGAGUGGCCCUUCCAAUGAUUGACAUUGAAGUUUUGCUGGAUGAGGGACCAUCAUGGGAGGACAAGCCCUUGCACGGGAUGUACCACCGGAACAUAACUGAAGUGGCUGAUCUCAACAAAUCCUACCAAUGGCUUGAAAGGGCCGGGCUGAAGGACAGCACAGAGGCACUCAUCCUGGCUGCACAGGAGCAGGCCCUGAGCACCAGAGCCAUAGAAGCCCAGAUCUACCACACCAGACAAGACCCAAGGUGUAGACUGUGCAAAGAGGCCCCAGAGACGGUCCAGCACAUAACUGCAGGGUGUAAGAUGCUGGCAGGCAAAGCAUACAUGGAACGCCAUAACCAAGUGGCUGGCAUAGUAUACAGGAACAUCUGCGCAGAGUAUGGACUGGAAACCCCAAGGUCAAAGUGGGAAACACCUCCCAAGGUGGUAGAGAACGAGCGAGCCAAGAUCCUGUGGGACUUCCAGAUCCAGACUGACAGAAUGGUAAUGGCGAACCAACCAGACAUUGUGGUGGUGGAUAAAGAGCAGAGGAAAGCCGUAGUGGUGGAUGUGGCAAUACCAAGCGAUGGCAACAUCAGGAAAAAGGAACGUGAGAAACUAGAGAAAUACCAAGGGCUCAGAGAAGAACUGGAGAAGGCUUGGAAGGUGAAGGCCACAGUGGUGCCUGUGGUGAUCGGAGCACUGGGGGCAGUGACCACCAAACUGGAGUAGUGGCUACAACAGAUCCCUGGAAAAACAUCCGAAAUCUCAGUCCAGAAAAGUGCAGUCCUAGGAACAGCAAGGAUACUGCGCAGAACCCUCAAGCUCCCUGGCCUCUGGUAGAGGACCCGAGCUUGGAAAGUGGUUGAGACCACCCGCGGAGGGUGAGAAUAGAGUGUGUGUGUGUGUAUAUAUAUAUAUAGUGUAUUUAGAUAUAAGCAUGUUUUUUCUUUGUUAACAGCAUUCACUGUAUUGGGAUUGCAAUCUUUAUUAUUACCAUCCAUUAGUGUGUAUUGCGUGAGCUAGAGUCUGUCAUGUCACAGCUACAGUGUGAGGACACUUUUUUUUAAAGACAGAAUUUUUCUCUUUAACUUGUCACUACAGCCACAGUUUUCACUCUCUGAACGUAACUUUUUCACUUGUUUGUAGUCAUACUUGUCUUCUUUCUAAUGAUAUGUCUGGUUAAGCCAUCAGACCUAUACUUUAGUUUGUAUAUGCCUCAAAGCACGGAGAGUUCCACAAUUCCUCCUAUAGACUAAUGCAUUUGUCUGAGAGACUUUUUCAGAGAGAUUUUGAAAUCAUUACCAUGGUCACAAUUUUUAGUCUUCAAACAUAAAACUGUUACCAGUUGCUCAUUUAAGCCUUAGCAAUCAUAAAGUCAAGUCAUUUUUUGUUAGCUAUUAUGGUUUUGCUGUAACAGGCCUGUUUAGCUGGAGUACAACUCUGCUUUAACAGAGCAGAGAGAAUGGAGCAGAUUUUCCCGCCUUUCGUCUCAAUGACAACAGCGCAGUUGCAGCUUAGACUGACAGGUCAAACUCCUCAUGCCCAUUGUAGAAGCUCUAUGCAUAUUACUGAUUAGUUCAUUGCACUGUUUGAUUUUUUAUUAAUAAUCAGACGCUUACUCUGAAUCCUUUCAAAAUAAAGCACCAAUCCAAACCUUUAGCUUUAAUAGCACUAUUUCUGCUUCUGACUAGUUAAUUAUGACUAAUUAUUAAGACUAUUUUACUGUUUAGGAAAUAUUUGCAAAUGCUUCCUCCAAAGCACCAAAUUUUCUCAAUUUCAAAUUUAACUACUUCCUCUGCAGCUAAUUUUAGCUAUAUUGAUUGUUUCUUUCAGCUCUUGAACUCAAAACUAUAUAAUUAUAAUGUUUUGAUACAUAUAUAUUCCAUCACACUAAGCAAACCUUUACACACUUCCUUGAUUUUCUGCAUGUCUUUAAUUUCAGCUCAUCUUUUUCAAGUUCCCUCCAUUUGAAUUUUAAUUACUUCAACUUCUGCAAAUAUUCAGCUCUCUUUAAACAACCCCUAUUUCUCUUCAGAUAUAUUUAUCUAUGAUUUACAUGUUUUGGCUAUUUUUAGCUAUGUUUUAAAUGUUUCAUCUAAUUUCAGCAAUUCCUCAGAAAUACAUUCAGCAUGGAAGCAUUCACUGUGCAUUUUCCUAUGGAAAUGCUUUAUCUGGUUAUCAUUGAAAUUGUUAUUACUGAUUAUUCAUUAAUUACUUUUCUUUCAUGUAUAGUAUAUGUAUUGUAUUUAUUUAUUUGCUGUUGGUUGCAUUGUCUUGAGUUCAGAGGUGUCUAUAGUAUGUAUGUAUGUGUAUAUUUUAUUAUAUAUUAUUGUCUUUUUUAAUGUGCAUCUGUGCUUCCUUUUUGUCUAUGAGACUCAGAAUAAAUCUCGUACAACUACAAUGACAAUUAAAGAAUUUUUAUCUCUGUUUUUUGAUGCUGAAAAACUUGCACUGGUGAUUUAUAUAAAGUCUAUAACGAGGGCACUGUACAGUCUGUAUAUGCUGUGAAGUCUACUGUAAAUGCUCAUUCACUAGUCUUUCUGGUCAGUUGUUCUGUAUUGGGAAACUUAUUCAUAACAUCACUAUAUACAAUAAAAAUGUGAGAACCA